AUGGGCCAUCGAGAGAAGCUACGGUGGGGUUGGGGGAGAAAAGAGGGGCCUGAAACCAAUGGAUCCUCGCUGAAGAAUGGGAUCCCCGAAUCUAAGGGGCAGGACGAAGAUGAUUCUGAGAGAGGCGACGUCCCCCAUCCGGUUCAAGACAUGGGUGCCGGAAACCAAACCAAUGGAUCCCCGUCGAAGGAUGAGAUCCCCGAAUCCAGGAGACAGGAUGAAAAUGGAUUCAACAGAGGCGGCGUCUCCCAUAAUGGGAUCCCCGAAUCCACCAAACAGGAUGAAGGUGAAUCCGAGGAAGGCGGCGUCUCCCAUUCGGUCCAAUAUAUGGACGCCGGAAACAACGAAAUCGUUACUCGGACCUGGCUAGGGCCUUUUGAUCUUACUGCAGCCCGCGAAGGCGUUUCGAACAGGGAGCAAAAGGCAAUCUUCAGUGUCGUAACUGUACUAGAUACGUCUAUUCCAUCCGACUAUCGUCGCACAGGGUACCAAGUCGACCAAAUCCUCGAAGCUGGCAUUCUAGAGAACCCGGAUGUUUCUGUCAGCGUCCGAGCCAGGCACAUCUCCAUCUAUUCUAAAGCCUUGAUUAGGGCCAUUAGAUCAGUUGUCUCGUACUAUCCGUCCGUCGCUCUUAGAGAAGAAGUUAUCAAAAUGACAGAUCCUUUUCCUCUUAUUAGGCACAACCUCCAGGACCUUGAGAAUUACCAGCGGACUUACUCCAAAUUGUGUGAUGUCUCCAGCCAGCAACCUCUAGCAGCAACUCAUAGCAGCUUCCCACGCCGAUGCACCAGGGUCGAGGCAAGACAUCUUGAAGUGCUGUUGGACUUCAUUAAAUACUUCGUUUACCAGGAAGACAUCGAAAACGAGACAGCCCGCCACGCCCAAAAUCUGUGUACAUUCGAAAUGCUCUGGCUCCUGUUCAAGCCUGGGAGGACCGUCUAUGUUCAGUCUGAUAGAAAGUUGCUAGGCUAUGUCGUCCAAGAAGUCUUAAUUGAUGAGUCCAACCACUUCCUCGUGGGAAACCAGCGUUUGUAUAGGGUCAAGCUGUGGAACCUCCAAUUUGAUGGGCGUUUCGUGGGAAGAGCUGCCAAGGUUGUUAUCAUCCCACAGUUUAGCGGAGAGCGUGCUGUCACCUCAUUGAGAGCUUUUCCCUUUCAUUACUCUGGUGAACUCGCGGGGCCGGCAAAGAGACUGUUUGAGGGCCGUAUCUAUGUAGACCCAGCAUCGUACUACUCCCAAAAUCCCACAGCAGCCCCGAAGAUCUGCGAUCUUGAUGACAUGGGAGAGGGACUAUCCAACUGUGCCUGCGAGGAAUGCUACAGACAAAGACCGCACCCUCCUACUAAUUUCCCGUGGUCGCGUUAUGACCUUAUCGACCCCAUGAAAGAGAAGGAUCUCACGAUGGAGUCGAAUAAGCACGGCCCCAAGCAUCGAUACCUUAUCUGCAGCUCCACGCUGUAUGGCUUUGCACUCAAGUCGAGAACCUGGGAGCAGCUUCAUGUUGACAAAUGCCACGUGCCCAAAAACAAUGCUGGGGCAAUUGACACCCUGGUGAUGCCUCCCGAGAGGAAAGAAAUAAUCAAAGCACUCGUCCAGAAGUUCACAGUUUCUCAGCCCACCAAAACUUGGGGAGCUGACUUCAUCGAGAGCAAAGGGGAAGGUCAAAUCUUUUUACUGUACGGAAGCCCCGGUGUCGGCAAGACCUAUUACACAAACCGUCCGCUCCUCUCCAUAACAUGCGGCGACAUAGGAACUAACGAGGUCAAGGUAGAGGAGGAGCUGUCCAAAUGGUUCCGGCUUGCUGAAAAAUGGGGAGCCCGGAAUUGUCUCGUGUCCGUCUUCCUCCGUUGCGUCGAAUACUACCGGGGAAUUUUGUUCCUCACCACAAACCGAGUCGGUCACUUCGACGAUGCUUUUAUCUCACGUAUUCACAUCAUCAUCAAGUACGACAGGCUCAAACCAGAUGACUGCAAAAAGAUUUGGGAGCAAUUCUUCAAUAAACUGAGGGACGAGCGCAGCGACUUUGAGAUUGCCCGGAGCGCCGAAAAAUAUGUCCUCGACGACGAGACCAUCAGUGAAAUGGAUUGGAAUGGUCGGGAAAUACGCAAUGCUUUCCAAACGGCCGUCGCGCUAGCCGAAUACCGCUUCUCGCAAAAAGUAAACAAAUCGGCUCGCGACGGACCGACACUGGACGAAAGAGACUUCCGGCAGGCCUGUAAUAUGACCAAACAGUUCAAGAAUUACCUACUAACCAACGUCCAUGGAACCGACGAGGAGGGCCGGGCAUUCGUGACCAGAACCAGAGCAGAGCACAGUGAUGAAAAUUGA